AGAAAGUUCUUAGUGGUUCUCGGUUCUUUGCGCUGAGACGUUUUUGUAUUAUUUAUUUCUCCACUUGAAGUAACUUUUAAGUCUCGCGCUCAGCGUUUUUUACACUCGCUCGCUAUCACUAGCUGCCACGGCUAUCUCUCGUUAAGAUCAUCGCCUCGGAUUUGCUCCUCAAUGUAAUAACAGGGAACAGUUUUCUUCGGGUGUUUGUGCUCUUGGUCUUCUAUUGUGUGUACAUAAGGCUAUAUAUAUUGUCUAUGUGCCUGGUUAUCAUACCUUCAUCAAGAACAUACGCAAAGAAAUCUGAAUCUAUAAAAUAAAACGAAGAUGUCACAUUACGAGGAUGCUAUUGUGGAGAAUAAGGAUGACGAGAUUUGUUCAGCGGGUGAUAUAGGACUCCGUCAUCGUAUACCUUGGAGCGACCGUGUCUCGCUGAGUAGCGAGAUACCUGGUCUGCAUGAAGUUAAAGAACUCCUUGAAGAUGAUGAUGCCAGUUGCUUGGCAGAGGAGGAGGAUGGUGUUGGAUGUCCUUUACCAUCUACUCCAGAAGAUGACCAUCUUUUGGAUUGCGAGAUGACGGAGGUUCUGAAAGCUGGUGUUCUGAGUGAUGAAAUUGACCUUAGUGCUCUGGCUCAUAACGCAGCAGAACAGGCUGAAGAAUUUGUUCGCAAGGUAUGGGAAGCUUCAUGGAAACAAUGCCACUUCCGUAACCUUCCUAGAUGGCUUCAGGAUAACGAUUUUCUCCACGCGGGUCAUAGGCCACCCUUGCCGUCCUUCUACGUCUGUUUCAAGAGCAUCUUUCGUAUUCAUACAGAGACUGGAAACAUCUGGACGCAUUUACUAGGUUGUGUAGCCUUCAUCGGCAUAGCAAUUUUUUUUCUAACUCAACCACCAAUCGAAAUUCAACUGGAGGAGAAGCUCGUAUUCGGGACCUUCUUCGCUGGAGCGAUUAUUUGCCUCGGGAUGUCCUUCGCCUUUCACACCGUUCACUGCCACAGCGAGUGCGUUGGCAAACUCUUCUCGAAGUUGGAUUACUGCGGUAUAGCAAUGCUGAUAAUGGGCAGUUUCGUACCCUGGCUGUACUAUGGAUUCUAUUGUGACUACCAGCCUAAAUUGAUUUAUCUCUCUGUUGUCGUGGUCCUGGGUAUCACCAGCAUUGUUGUUUCCCUGUGGGAGAGGUUUGGCGAGCCCAGUUACAGGCCACUGCGUGCUGGAGUCUUCAUGGGUUUUGGUCUCAGCGGCGUAAUACCAGCUGUUCAUUACGCUGUCGCCGAGGGAUGGUUCAAGGCCAUUAGUCAAGCUUCCUUAGGAUGGCUUAUUCUCAUGGGUUGCCUGUAUAUCCUCGGUGCUUUGUUCUACGCAUUACGCGUUCCCGAGCGUUUCUUCCCCGGGAAGUUUGACAUUUGGUUCCAGAGUCAUCAGAUCUUCCACGUGCUAGUUAUUGCAGCGGCGUUCGUUCACUAUCACGGCAUCACGGAAAUGGCAAUGUACAGAAUGACAGUGGGCGAUUGCACGAAUCCCUCUCAAGUCAUAACGUUCUAAAUUUUGUUGACUCUUUAUUUUUAUGUUAUGUGAGAAAAAGUAACCGAAUGUAAACAACCAGCGGAGGAUAAGCGGAACCAAACUGAUAGCAAAAAUUGAAAUAAUGUUUAAAUGAAUGGGUUUUUUUUUCAUUAAGGAGAGCAGAUAGGAAGACAAAGCAAUUAAGAGAACAGUUUCGCUAGUGUAUUAACAUUUUUUGUGCCUCGGGGUAAAUCCAAAAAGAAACAUGGUCCUAAUCAUUUUCUAUUGAAAUUCCAUAAGGUGACGACCCUUCUUUUCGUUCACUUUGUCAGGAGCUAUACUUUAAUUUAGUUAAAUUAUUCCACACUGAACGUACACCGUAGAACAAUGGUAUCGUGUCACGUUCGAUCCUCAAGCGGUUUAGUUAGUUUAAAUUAAAUCAGCAUUAAUAUUCUCUCUGUUAUUUCGUUCACUAUCGUGUUACACGAGUAGCAGAUUUUGUUGUCUGGUUGGAGCAGGUCAAGGUGUUUGAUUUUUCGCUUUCAUUUCCUCUUCAAAAUUCUCACCAUUAAAAAAAAAGACAUGCACGAAUGAACGAUUUGAUAUACGGAUUAUUAAUAUGGGCGACCACCAUUUAACGUAACACGAACAAAAUGUGAUCAUAAAAGGGAGCAUUGGAAACGAAAAGAAAAAUAGUAAUAGAGAAAAGAGAGAAACGAAGCGAGAGAGAAUAACAAGUGAAUAACUAGCACAGAGAAAGUAUGCGUAAUUAUAUUUUUCUCGAAUCGAUUUUGGCGAAUUGUCGAGGUGUUAUAUUUAUGGAAGAUUUUCUCCCCCCCCCUCCCGGGGGAUUGUAAGCGUUUUUUGCAUACUGAAAGCGACGGGGGGGAAACAUAGAUCGCGUGGCCUCAAAGAUAAAUUCUAUUUUCCUUGGCGAACGGCCAUUCGACGAGGAUGUUCCAUUUCUUAUUCUUUAUUUAUCGGAUAAGAGAAAUGAGAAAAGAAUUAUAAGGAUCGAAGGAUAUAGAGAAUCGGUAGAAAGUCUGGAAUAAAUGGAGGCUUGAAGGCAAAUCGAUGGAAAUGCAUUUCUCUUUUUCACUUUUACAAAAUCAUUCUCAUUCAAGUUCAAGAGGAAUUACUUUGUAGGAAUAUCUCUUGCACUGUGAUAUUUUAUCGAAGCACUAAGUUUUCCCACAUACCUAACUCUUAUUAUAAUUCAAUAUAAAUGUUUCACCACAUGAUGCGUAUCCGUCGAUCUUCUCGUUUCCUUCCUACGAAAGUAAAUAAAUGAAUGUUUGUCAUAACAAAAAUUAUGAUAAUAUUAACCGAAAGAAAAAGAAAAUUAGGAGAGUGUGAAAGCAGUGAUAAUUGUUUUAUUUCAUUAUUGAAAAGUCUCUAGUACUUAGAACGGAGAACGAGAUGUUGUUGAACUUUUUACACAAAUAAAAAAAAUGGAAUAUUAACAAAUCAAUAAAGUAUGUAAUCACGUACCUUUGUGCACGCGAAACAUACAGAAGAGCUAAA